UCGUAAUUUAUAUUUUUGACGAAACUUCUGCCGGUUUGAAGGUUGGCAACAUUACAGAAAAUCAAAGAGCAAAUGGCAGAAGCUUUGUUAUAGAUUAGAAUCGUUUGAUUGACGUUUUUUCGUUUGAGUUGCAAUUUACAGUUAAAACCGAAAAUGACUAUUAGCAAGAAUAAUAAGAUGCUUCAGCAUAUAAAUUAUAGGAUGAGAGUCAUUCUUCAAGAUAGUCGGACGUUCAUAGGAACCUUUAAAGCAUUUGACAAGCAUAUGAAUUUGAUCUUAGGUGAUUGUGAAGAAUUUAGGAAAGUUAAACCUAAGAGUGCAAAACAAACAGAGAGAGAGGAAAAGAGAGUUUUAGGUCUUGUUUUACUGAGAGGUGAAAACAUUGUCUCUCUGACUGUAGAAGGUCCUCCUCCAGCUGAGGAAGGUUUGCCUCGUGUUCCAAUUCCUGGAGCUGCACCUGGACCAGGUAUUGGUCGUGCAGCUGGACGUGGUGUUCCUGCUGCCCCUAUUGGCACCGCUCCUGCAGGUCUUCAAGGUCCAGUAAGAGGUGUUGGUGGACCAUCACCACAAGUUAUGACUCCUCAAGGCAGAGGAACUGUUUCUGCUCCUCCUCAAAUCAGACCUGCUGCACCUGGAACUGCUUCGACUCCUCCACCUCGUAUGGGAGCUCCACCACCUGGUGGAAUGCCUGCAGCAAGAGGUACACCACCUCCAGGAAUGAUGGGACCACCACCUGCUAUGAUGGGAAGAGGGGUUCCACCUGGACAAGUUCCUAUGGGAAGAGGCAUGCAGCCACCACCACCACCAAUGGGUCCUCCACCUGGAAUGCGUGGGCCACCACCAGGAAUGAUGAGAGGAGCACCUCCACCUGGUAUGAGACCACCUCCACCUCCAAGACCAUAAAUAUUAUUCAUGAUGAUUGUGAAAAAUUAAAACCAAAUAAAGAUUUAUUCAUCAAACAUUGUCUGGUAUAUUUGCAUAACAUCAUAAUAAGAAUUUUUUCAUUAGAGAUGUUUUUACUAUGAUCAAACCAAAUUUUGGGUAUGUAAAAUUAUUUUGAAUUGAAUAUAAUAAAAACUUUUAAGAAUUAA